ACAAUGAGAGUUGGCAAUGUCAGUUGCUAGCUAACACUAAGCAUAAUUAAACACUAAAAUAAGCGAAGUGCAGAUUAAAAGAAGAAAAAAGGUAAUAAAUGUAAAGUAAGCAAAGAAACAGUAGAAAGGAGGAGUUUUUAAUAAUUUUAAGGUAGCAGUGGCGGUGGUUAAUCAUCAAAGCUCUCUUUUUGAUGCAAGCGUGGCUAUAAAUCUAACACCUUUGCCGUUGUCUUUCUUUUUCUUUCAUUCUCCCUUCUAUUACACAGAUGCCCAUCUUCAAGUUUUCUCCCUCUGCAGCUAAAUUUUUUCCCUCUCUGUAACUCUCGUUGUGUUUAUGUAUGUAUGUGUGCUGGGGUAGGUGGGUCAUGGGUGGGUGCAUGUGGCAGUGUAUAGCAGAGUGUAUGAGCAAAAUAAAGCAGAGGAGGGAUUUGAACAGAACAGAUUACCAAAAAUUCAAUAAAAGAUAGUUUGAGUGGAAAAAGGCUUGAAAGAGGAGCAGCAGUACCAAAAGUAGCACAGAAUCUGAAAUGGGUAUCUAUCUCUUGCCACUUUUAGCUGGGGUUCCUCUCUCUGCUGUUCAACUCUGACUAGGGUUUUGAAUGGGCUGCUUACUGUCCUGAAAUCAAUGUUCUUUUGUUUGUUUAUUUGACUGCUUCUAUCGGAACCUUUCGCAGCUUUCUUUGAACUUUCUUUUUUGAGUUUGUUUUGUCUUGAAGGUGAUUUCUUUAUUGCAAUUUUGGUCCACUUCAACUUCACUUGUUGGGUAGCUUUGGAAAUGGUAGCAAUUCAACUUCUGUGAUCUUUGGAACAUAUUCUGGAACCUGGGGGUUUCAGUUACAGCUUUUUUGGGUUUUUAGGCCGAUUAAUUGAAGUGGAUCUUUCUACUUAGCUAUGAAUGGUUGGCUUUAGAUAAUUUCUUUUUUAUUUGGAUGGGAAUUGAGCUUUUGAAGGAAUAUCUUGACAUCACUAUGAAUUGUCAAGUUUCUUUUAUUGUAAGUUUACUUUCUGUGGUUUCAGUUGAAGCUUGUUUGUGAAGUUAUUUUAAUAAUGAAUGUUAGGUAACUAAAAGUUCUUUGUUUGAUUUAUUUUUCCUUUUCCAAUUUCCCCUGCUUCUUUUGGUCUUUGAUCAUUUUGAGCAAUAAGGAUAACUUUGGGGUGAGUAAUUUUUUUCACUUUCUACUGUUUCUAGAAUUCUAUAGACUGUUUCUGAUAGCUCAAACACAAUUGUGAGAGGAAGGCAUCUAUUGUUGGCUACUUUUUCUGUUCUUGUCAACAAGAGAUGGAAAUGGGUGACAAGGAUAAAUUUGAUCUAGAGAAGAGGAGUGAAAAUCAUAUAAACUACCAUUUACCUGGUAGUGUGCCCUCAGACUGGCGAUUUAGCGGCGCCAAUAUUGCAAAUUCAUCUCUGGGUUUGGUUUCCACCGAUAAUCAGAUGCCAGUUUGUAGAGGAGAUCUAGUUGGCGCUUCUUGUUCUUCUGCUUCUAUGGUGGACUCCUUUAGUCCAGGAGUAUGGGACCACCCCACAAAUACACAGAACUUGGGAUUUUGUGAUAUUAAUGUCCAACAUAACGCGAGCACUAUAAACCCAAUAGGAAUUAGAAAAGGCGGUCCCGCUUCUUUGAGAAGUGGUAUUGAUAAAACGCUGGAUAUAGUGUGGAAUCCACCAAGUUCCCAGCUGAAAGGUGGUAUUUUCUUACCAACUACCCCUGGUGCGCUCCCACAGAGCUUAUCUCAGUUUCCUGCAGAUUCUGCAUUCAUUGAGCGUGCUGCUAGGUUUUCCUGCUUCAAUGGUGGGAAUUUUAGUGAUGUGGUAAACCCUUUAGGAAUUCCUGAGCCUAUGGAUCUUUAUUCUAGGGGUGGGGGAAUGAUGCAAGUACCACAUGAGGUUUUUGCGGGUAGUGGAUUGAAAUCAAUACCUGGUGGACAAGGUCAGAAGAAUGUUAUGAAUAUGGGUGACUCCUCUAAAGAUGCUUCUUUGUCAGUUGAACAUGUGGCUACUGAAGGGAGCCCACUCAAGAAUGAGAGGAGAAGUGGGAGCUUUGUAAGAUCUCAUGAUGAAGCAAAACAAGGUGGGUCUGGUAAUGAGUCUGAGGAAACUGAGUUCAGUGGUGGUGGUCGUCAAGAAGAGCAAUCUAUGUUGGAAGGAAAUGGCGGGGAACUGUCUGCUAAAAGCCCUGGCUCAAAGAAAAGGAAAAGGAAUGGGCAGGAUGCUGAUCCUUAUCAGGCCAAGGGAAACCAACAAUCUAUUGAAGCUGCAAAGGAUAACCCUGAAGUUCAACAGAAGGGAGAUGAAAACCCAGCUUCAACUCCCAAUAAGACUGCUGGAAAACAAGGUAAACAAGGAUCUCAAGCUUCAGAUCCACCAAAAGAAGAAUAUAUUCAUGUCAGAGCUCGAAGAGGUCAAGCAACAAAUAGUCAUAGUCUUGCAGAAAGAGUCAGGAGGGAAAAGAUUAGUGAAAGGAUGAAGUUUCUGCAAGACCUUGUACCUGGUUGCAGCAAGGUAAUUGGCAAGGCAGUGAUGCUAGAUGAAAUUAUCAACUAUGUACAAUCAUUGCAACGGCAGGUUGAGUUUCUAUCAAUGAAACUAGCAACAGUGAAUCCAAGGCUGGAUUUCAACAUAGAAGGACUUCACACAAAAGAUAUCCUUCACUCAAGGGCGGUUCCUUCAUCUAAUCUGGCAUUUUCACCGGAGGUGCCUAUGGCUUAUCCCCCAUUUAAUGUAUCUCAACCAGGACUUAUUCAAGGUUCUUUUCCUGGCAUGGAGAGCCAUUCUGAGAUGCUCCGGAGAGCCAUUAAUUCACAACUGACGCCAUUGACUGGGGGAUUCAAGGAGCCUACACAGCUUCCCAAUGCAUGGGAUUAUGAGCUCAACAAUGUUGUGCAGAUGGGCUAUGCAACCAGUGCUCCACAAGAUAGCCAAGAUAUAAAUGGAUCACUGCCACCAGGCCAUAUGAAAGCUGAACUUUAAUUAUUCACCUUACUUUUAUGUGACAAAGUAUGGUUGCACCACUAAUUUUGAGGAUAAAAAGUGUGCAAGACUAGAUUCUCUUCGAAGUAAGGAGGCCAAUAAAGAGAGAUGCUUUUAAGUCCAGCUUCAAAAGUUUUGAGGAUUUAGUUGCAUGUCCAGAGCAAAGAAGGUUUUGAGAGCUUAAUAGGGUCAGCUGCAUAAUCUAAGCAGGGAGAUGGCCUCUUUUUGCCUUGAUGAUUCUUGUCUAUUUGACGUCAUAUCGAUCUCCAUGCUUCUAUUGGAUGAGCUUUGAAGUACUAGAUUCCCAGAAAAGUAGAAAAAGGGCUGUCAUGGAGUUGGAUUCUCUGAUGCAAGAAUGUAAUGUAUAGAUUGAUACUCCCAGGAUCUGAUGAAUAUAGGCCAAUAGAGAAGCUCAUGUCAUGUAUUGUCUGAAUUGAAAUGGGCUCUGUAAUUUAUAAAACGAUGGACACCAUGUUGGUAUUCUGAUCAUGUAUCUUUCAACUACUUAUAUAGAACUACGUGGAAGGAUUCAUCUAGU